CCCUGUCAGCGCGCUGCUCCUCUCACCGGAGACAUGGCAGUGAGGAGUCACCGAGGGGGUACCUCUCCAGCGACUCAGCACAACAAACCAAACUAAGGUCCGUCAACUCCAGCUCAACAUGCUGUCCGGACUCUUCACUUUCUCACCCGCGUUUCUAACUUAAAUUCAGUUUUAAAAAAAAAUUUAAAAAAGGGACCGGAAGAGAACCAAAGUAAAUGACAUCCGUGCAUUUUUGAUUACCUGGGGCAAAGUGCCACACCUUCGCUCAGCACAACAGCUCCACAACACAGCUGGCCAAAUGGGGUGUCGGUGCUGCAGGAUGAUUAAAAGCUACGUCUAUGACCCCUCAGCCCCAGUGGACGUGAGGAAGACCGACUCUCGAGGCGGCUCACUCUACCAGGCCCAGCACCGCGCAGGCAGGGCCCUGAACAGCAACCCAUCCGGCAACCAGAACAAGCAGAAGCAGGGCUUCCAUAACCUGGCCUACAGCAGGUCCAAUGAGAGCACGCUGAAACUGGAGGUUGACAACAACCAUGUCAACCAAAGACUGCACCGGCAGGGGAGUAUACCGCCUACAGAUGGAGGGCUCUACAUCAUCCAGCCACAGGGUGUGGGACAACAAUGGAUGAUGCAGGAAAAAGGUCCGAGUCAGGUGCCCGUGUACCCCAGCAUAGAGAAUUAUGAGAAGCAGGGGAGCUCUGCCGAGCAGAGACAUCAAGCGAGUAACGGGUGGAACAGCUCCGUCGCUGAGCACGAGAUUGCCACCAAAGAGCUGUCAGCAGACGAGAUAGACGAGGGUGUGGGAGGGACACCGGAGUACCUGUGCGACACGGGGGAUGAGGGUAGCGUCUUGUCAGUGGACAUCCAAACCAGCACAACUAGCUUGUCCUCAGGGGGCACGAAAGACGAGCUCGCGCUGCCAAAGACUCCAGAUGUCUCCACGGUGGAGAGCGGGAUCUCGGUGUCAAAGAGCGAGGACGAGGAGCAGGAGGUGCAGAGCAUCACGGACUCAAUGGUGGCAGAGGCUCUUGCCGCUUUGGAAGCCGCCACUGCCGGAGAGGACUACGAGUGACUGAUGGCUGCACUCGCUCUCCCUCGCCACGUGAAAAACGUGACUGUGACUUGACAGAUCAACAAAACAACCGUGAAACUUUGCCACGCUUCUGAAGAAUAAUAUUCAUAUCUAAGACCAUGGGAAUGAAUAGAAACUCUGUUUACAACAAAAAUAUAUUUUGAACCCUUGGAUGUUUUUUUGUUUUUUUUAAACUGUGGUGGUACUGACAGAGGAUAAUGUCAGCAUUGUGAAGGAAGCUACAUUUCCAAAGCUGCAAGUUUUGCAUGAAGCCACAACCAAAGAGACGUCAGCGUGCACACUGAGUAUGGCCCGCAGGCGUAUUGCAGCACAUCCAACACUCCACACAGUCCCGAUAAGCCCGCAUGUGCUCACUCUCUGCUUUGCCAUGUCCACCCUUUUAUCAUGUUCGGAGCUUAAUGUUUCAUCUGUGAACACAGUCCCUGCCAUAGUCUGUACAGGACCCAAGCACACGAAAGAGGAAAAGUCAACCUUUGAGUUUCCCCACCGUGGUUUUGUCCUCAUUUUUUUGUUCCUCUUAUUUAUGAAAUCUUACUGCUUUUUUCAGAUGAUUUAUUGAAUCUUCCUAAAAGCUGGAGGAUGAGAGACUGUCUUUUAAUCAUAGGUUAUGCACUUACUUGUCAUUGCUAUUAUGCACAUUAUACAGUGUGAAAGCAUUUCAUAAAUAAGAUCAUUUAUUCUAAAGUGAAUGUAAGUGUAAGCUGAGUGAACCUCAGAGGGGCCAUCGAUUCACCCUGCUAGCUUUUUACUUUUAGUUUUUAUUCUAAUUAAAGGCUUUUGCGCUUCUAGUCUGGCCUGUGACGUUAGUUUCAGCUCGUGAGCCUCAUGCGGUAGUGAACCACAGAGGCUGGACAGCAGUGCAGUGUUUUGUUUUUUUUUUAAUCAUUGAAGGAUACCUUUACAUUAGUGUGUCACGUUAAUAUCAACACCUGCCUCUCCAUCGCUGCUCAGUGUUCACGUUUGUUCCCUAACCGAGUACAUGCUUCUGCCAGAUCAACUCUUAUAGUUUUCUUUAUCAGUACUUUGGUUUUGGAAGCACACUCAAGUAAUGUUGAUGAUUCUCAAGUAAUAAUAAGCUGUUUUGAUCAGUUCUGUUUUCAGUUUUUAAUUUUCUUACCCCCAUUGUUU